GUCAGAGCGUUUGCCCAGAUCAGACUCAGAGAGCAGAAGCACACACACACACACCAACCAUCAAAAACUACUGCGGGAGUCCAGCAAGAGUCACAUCACACUCGCUGAAGUCCAGAAGCAACACACGUUCAGCCGCGGGAACGCCGGAGUCCGCGUUUCUCCUGGAUAUAUUUGCCCCGCACGACCGGCGAGUCACGGAAAGCAGGACUUUGGACAUAACUGUGGAUCGUAAGAGCAGAUUUGUUUUCUCCGCAGUGGGAAGGCUCGAUCCUCCCCCCGAGCCUGAGGAUUUGAGAGGGAAGCAAUGCAGUGCUGAGACUGACUGUACACCAUAUUUCUGCUCCAGUCCACAUUUCAUCUGAAUCUGCAGACGCAUUUCACCCAUCGACCGCAGAUCGACCGCUCUUCAUUUCUUUCCUCCCGAAAAAGAAAUCCAACUCGAGAUUAGGACUGACGCCAUUUUAAAGCGAUAAAAAACCGCUUGAGUUUUGAGGGAUUGUAAAGUGCUUGUCAUGAUCUAGUAAAUGGAUUUACUCUCGUAGACUUCAGCAGCAGCAGCAGCAGCAGCAAUGGUUUCACCUGGGAAAAACUCCACCCUAGUGGGAUUUACAAGAUUUCGGGAGCAGUAGAGCCAAAAGCCAUCAUAUCCCUUCCUGAUUAAACUCAAUCUCCUGGACCAUUGCCCAAUUGUCCCUUUGGGUCCCACUGCCUCCUGGUUCUUGGACCAAGUUUCAGGGUCGUCAAUGGAGCAAAGAGACCUUACUCGGACAGCCCGGCCCAAAGGAAAUGAGGAGUUCUUCUCCACCGUUACAACCAUCAACAGAGCAGACCUCAGUGAGGUGGGUCUCCUUGCUGGUUCAAUAAAGAGCCUCCCUUUACCUGGAGAGCAGCAAGAUCAUGAAGAGGACGAAGACCUCGGUUUGGGGAAGGACAUGGAGGUCACUUCCAAUGCAGACAAUGAGAGAUGGGGGCAGGGAGACGGGUUGGAGGAGCAGGAGUUCUCCAUCAAGGAGGCUAAUUUCUCUGAAGGCAGCCUUAAGUUGAAGAUCCAAACAACAAAGCGGGCCAAGAAGCCUCCUAAGAACUUGGAGAACUACAUCUGUCCUCCUGAGAUACGCAUCACCAUCAAGCAGCCAGGAGAGCAGAAGAGCGCAAAGCAAGCCAAGAACGCCAAGGCUGGGAAGGAGGAAGAGAAAGGACCUCCCAGAAAAAGGACUUACGAAAGGCCCUCUAAACUUCUGGGUAAAACUGAAAAUGUGAUGAUGGAGAACACAAAACCAAAGCAGUCUAAAAGCAAUGACAUUCUCCACCUUGACUGGACAAAGAAGUUGGAUACUGUUGGAGAAGUAGGAUCCCAAGAGCAAAACAGGACAGAACCAGAAACAAAAAAAGAAUCAGCAUGCACCAACAAGGGUCCUUUGCCAGAGCCCAGCACCCCCUUCUUGAAAACACAAGUCAAAAAAGUCGCAGACGGUUUAUCUGGAAGUCACUUUGGAUCUACCAUGUCCUCACCAAGCACUGACUUACUUGCAGCAUCUUCAGUCAAUACAGUAAUGAGUCCCUCAACUGACUCAAGUCUGUUCUCUUUUAACAAAGACAGAGGUUUGCAGCAAGUCACUGAGCAAGUUUUUGGGAACAUCAAACGUAAAUAUGGUAGAAAAGACCCCACCAAAACUCCAGUCAUGCAUAAUUUAGACCUUCAGUGGGUCAAAAAAAUGGACAGAGAUACUGAAAACCAAGAUAGUGCUAAGGAGAAACAACCGUAUAGCCAAGAUAAAAGUGCAUUUGAAGAGGAGCCUGAGAAGCCAAUCAAUAGGCUGGAUGAUGAUAAUAAGACAACAACAGGCUGUGGCACUCAUUACACAGAGGAAUCAAGGAGUAAAAAGCGAAGAAAUCGAAAAGUUACUGAAGAUAGCAUGGUAUCUAAUGCACAAACGGUACAGCAAGAUGAGAAGACUGAUAACACUGACCAAGGGUGCACAAAACUUAAAGUGACAAAGAAAACCGAUGUCAAUGCACCAAAACAAUUUGGUUUUAAUUUACAGCAGAGCAAGGAAGACAUUGCUGGGACAGUGACUGAUGAUGCUGAGAUGUUUCAGAACAGACCAAGGAAAACCCCAGCAGGAAGAGCGAGAUCCAUGAUUGAUGUUGACAAGCAAACAGAGGGUAGGCAAUCAAAGGUCAAGGACAGGUGGCUUUAUUUAAAGUCCCAGAACUCCUCUCCUCAUAAAGACUUGAAUCAAUCUCUGUCCAUUGAAGAGCCACCCUCUGCUUUCCCUAUUACCCCAUCCAGCCCACUCUAUACAAACACAAACAGUUUGACCGUCAUUACCCCAGUUAAAAAGAAACGUGGGCGUCCCAAAAAACAGCCAUUACUCACUGUGGAGACGAUUCAUGAAGGAACUGCAACAAGUCCAGUUAGCCCUAUUGCUCAUGAUUCAUCCAACACUUCAAAAAGAAAGAAGCAUAAUAUGUCAAAAUUGGUGCAGUUGGCCUUUCACAAAUCCCCUCCUGCACAGCAGUUACAACUCAAGAAAUCAGAUCAAGAAGGUGUCCUUAAAAAGAGAACACCUACGAAAAUUAAAGAGGUCAAGAUGCAGAACAUUAUAAAUGAACUUUUAUCCACUUCUAGUUCUGGCAAUCUUGCCCCGAAGCCCAAUGUUCCAGUUUCAAAUGCCAUGUCAACUGUGGCAUCGACAAUCGAGGCCCGUUUUGGCAAACAAAUCAAUGUCAGCAAGCGUGGGACUAUUUACAUAGGCAAAAAACGGGGAAGGAAGCCCAGAGCUGAUCUUUCAUCCCAGCAAGAUGAGCACAAAGCCAGUGAUAAGCACUCGUUGCUUAAUUCCAGUCCAUUUGAGAACCCACUAGUGCCUUCUAGUAAUUCAUCCACAACCGGAAUGCCUUCUCCCAGGGUCAUGCAUUCCUUUUCUUCUCACUCUGCACCUGGUGGGGCAGCUCACCCUGUUACCACAGAUACCAGCCAGCAUGACCUGAAGACAAUGCCAAAUCUACAACCUAUCAGUGCAUUGCCCACAAAAACACAUAAGGGCUUGCUCAGUAGUAACUGGAAGCUGUCUCCCCCAAGACUAAUGGCCAACUCACCAUCCCACCUGUCCGAAGUGGCUUCCAUUAAAGAAGUCACAUUGUCUCCAGUUAGUGAGUCUCACAGUGAAGAGACAAUCCCUAGUGAUAGUGGAAUUGGCACCGACAACAACAGCACAUCAGACCAGACUGAGAAAGGCCCAGCAUCCCGUAGAAGAUACUCAUUUGAUCUUUGCAGUUUUGAUGCCACUGAGGCAGCUAUAAUAGACGCAAAGAGCAAAGCAGCCAGGGGACACUACCAGAAGCAUGUCACAGCAGUCUCUGUCGAAAAUUUUUUUGCUCAAGAGAACUUGAAGAAGCAGAAGCAUCGAAGAAAGCGCAAGGCUCUCCAGAGCCAGGAUGACCUGCAGUUUAUGGCUGACCUUGAGGAACUGGUUAGCAAAUUCCAGGUCUUCCGAAUCUCCCACCGAAACUACAAAUUCUACCAUGAGAAUUCCUAUCCCAGCAUCUUCCGUCUCAACUUUGACCACUACUAUCCUAUGCCAUACUAUCCCUAUGACCCUCUGCACUACCUUCGCAGGAGCUCUGAUAAGUCAAAAAGAAGGCGUGGCCGACCAGCCAAGUCAGAUGAGCCAAUAUCAAAGAUGCCUUUUAUUCAAGGGUUUGGCUGCCCAGUGCCUGGUGGCAAUUACUAUGCACCCUACGCGAUGCCUUACACAUCCAUGCCUCUUGCCACAAGUAUGAUAAACAUGGGCUAUUACGGUCAGUACCCUUCACCCUUGUACUUAUCUCAUGCACUUGGACCUACAGCCUCUCCUCUGAUGAGGCCACCAGUCCCUCCACCAAAGUUCCACCCUGGUGCGUCCUCCUGUCUCUCUGCUUCUAGCAGACAUAGAGUGAAGAAUAUGCCACAUGAGAUGUCUUCAUCAAGAAUGAGCGACUCCCAUCACCCUUCAAGCAGCUGUUUGGGAAGUGUCUGUCUCCAUAAACGCAAGCACAAACACAAGUACAAACAUAAAGAAGAUCAGUACAUCCAAGAGAGGGAGGACCUUGGCGGGCUAUUCAGUGGAACACAGAGUCCUGCCUUCCUCAGCCUCUUGAAUGAGAGACUUGAGAAGAACUCCUUGUCCAAACUGAAGGACAAGCAAAGAGGCAAGCACAGCACAGACACUUCACCAAAAGCUUCCAGAAACUACUUUGAAGUAGACACUCUCUCGUCAUUAUCCUUAUCUGACUCUCAGCAUUGCAAACGCACUCGAGGAGAGACACUGAACAACUUCCUCAACAUCUGCACUAGACAACCACAUGAGCGCCUGCGAGCCAGCCAGGACCAGCCGCUGGACUUGUUCAAGGGGCAGCACUUAGGGGGCGAUGAUUCUAGCAUCCACAUCAGGAGGCAUAGCUUGGAAGACUUCACAACAUACAAAGAAGGAAGUAUGGCAUCUUUCCAAGGAUGUAGUGAAGAGCGGGCUGAACAGAUGUACCAGUGCUCCACAGCUGUAGCAGAGCCCAGUUCCUACAAGAGAAGGCCCAAACUAGUGGAGGAAGUGGAGGAGGUCCAGUGUGACAUGCGGAAAAAGUGUGCCUUCUCCAAGAUCCUCACCACCAAGAAGAACCUGGAUCACGUCAACAAGAUUCUGAAAGUCAAGAGGCUUCAAAGGCAGGCCAAGACUGGAAAUAACAUGGUGAAGAGACGCAGAGGAAGGCCAAGGAAGCAGCUGCUUUCUCUAGAGGAGGGAUUGCUAGGUCAGAUGCCAGUUCUAGAGAAGUGUGUGGACCUUCCUGGGAAGAGGAACCUUCACACCGGCCUGGUGCCUGCUCAGCUUGAGUUCUCCAAUCACGACUCUAUCACAGACGCCAUCGAGUCAGUGGUAAACAUGGCCAGAUCCCAAUUCAGCCCACAGUCCAUGCAGGGAGGCAAGAACUGGCAGAAAAUUCAACCCGAGCUCCAAGUGGAGCGUCCAAACCGCAAAGGAAAAGGCAACAGGAAAGAAGAAGCUACUCUAGCAUCUCAUUAGUGAGGUGAUGUCAGUGCACUGUGAGUUAGCCUUGUGUUUGGGUCUUAAGUAUGGUUUCUCCAGUUCGUUUGGAUUCUACUGACACAUUUUAAUGGGCAUUCGCUGAGAACUUGGAUCAUGGUUGUGGUCUAAAGAGCUCUGCUUUCGGUUUGUACAAUCCUAUCCUUUUUUUUAUUAUUGGUCUCAAGGAGACAAACUGAACAUUUACUCUCCCAAAGCCCAUAACAACAAGGAUGUUAAAAAUAUGGCUAUAGCUAUAAUCUACCAGCACAUGUAAAUGAACUUAAAUGAUGGUACUGUGCACUUUUUUUGUUUCCUUUUUCAUUUUGCGCAAGCACAAAGCACAGAUCUUCUGGCAGAGGUUGAUUUUUCAAACAACAGGUCAACAGUAAUUCACGCUUACAUUUGCUUGUCUGUGCUCAGGUGUGUUUCAGGCAUGAACCAAUGGCAAUACUUUUGGAUGAAACCUUUUUCAGUGAUGUUUCGAUGGCUAUAAUUUCACUGUACAUAGCAACAUAUCCUAUUAACAUUUCCAAUUCAAAGUAUUUUAGAUCUACCUAUACUGUCAGCAUAACAAAUCAAAAACAAUAUAAAGGUUGAAAUGUUUUUGUUCUGUUCGUAACCAAAUAGAAGUAGAAAGCUCGUUCAAACGGAGAAACAUAUUUAGUUGUGUAAUCUUAACGAAGUGGAAUCACUGCAGAUCAAAGGCUUGUUGACGACUAAGGAUAUCAAAGCGCAUCCCAAUAGAUCACAACAGGCUUGAAAAAUGCUACGGUUGCAUUUAAAACCAACAAAGCACUUAUUUCUUUUUCCUAAAACAAGUUGUUUUUUUCUUUCCUCACAGUGUCAGUGUUGGUUUUUCCACUUUAAGUAAUAGUGAGCAUCUGAAUGAUAUUUUCAAGUUCUGACUGGAAAACAAGUUAUUCAGUCGCUUGACUCGCUUUCUCCAGAGUCUCUUUGAGAAUGUGCCUGCUCUUGUUAACUAAACAAUAAUAUUAUGUCUAUAUACCUGUCAGUAUUAGAUAUCCACAUGACCAAAGUUUCAGUGUAGUCGUGUAUCAUAGGAUAGAUUGGUUUCAGUUUAGCUGCUUGUGUAUAUUACAAUGAAUGGUGUGGUGGUGUGCUUAUUUGUCGAUGAGGCUGUCAUUUGAAUUGGAAAAAUAUAAGAACCAGAAUGUACACUGAAGUCUAUUUCCAAGAUUGUCCUGAACAUAGGACAUCACAAACUAAUCAAAUAUAUGUCCUACGCUGUUUUAGACAUCAGGAUAGAUUUGAAUGUGCUCCUAAUUUGAAUAGCUUUCCAUUUGUUUUCGACUUUUUAGUUGUUCCAUAUAUGUGCCUUAUGUUUUUCUAUAAAUCCAUAACAUGUUCAGGUUCUGGGAACACUUGGGUUGUGUUUGCACUUGGCAGAUUUGGUUCAAUAACUGAUGCAGUUUUUCUGUUACUGUGGUUCAUUUGAAUAAGUGCCAUCCGAACCAUGGUACAAACCACACAACAAACAAGCUGACCAAGACUAUCGAAAAGAUGGGUCUCUGUUUGGUUUCAAGUAAACAAUUAUGUGUGAGUGAUGUAAUCUUACAAGUGAACUGAGUUCAUUGAGUCUUGGUCCACUUCCAAACUCUGAAGCAGUUCAACUGAAAUAUGAACACGGCAUGGACCAAAGACAUUUAAGCAAGUCAGAAGCAGGACAUUAUUUCAAAACAUGCCACAAUGAAAUGAACAGAAUGCUCAAGCUUAGCUGUUUUUUUCCUCAUCGUAGUUGCAAUGUGGUCCAUCCAAUUCAAUACUAAUAAAAUAUAUGUCAGCUGUGGUUAGCAGAAUAUUUUACAGUGAAAAUUACAGUAGAAACAAUGAAAAGAAAUUACGGUAAACUACUGUAUUUUAUUAAUUAGGGGUGUAACGGAUCACGGUUGAUACGCACGGAUCACAAUUCACAGUUCGGAACACACGUGAAUUGUGGAUUAUUAACUUUUUUAAACUUGUAGCUUAAUUCAACAUUUUUAACAAUUGCAGAGAGAUUGCCUACCGCUUCAUUCACACCACGUGUAAGAAGACAUUUUGGCUUCCCCAUGAAUUUAAUGUUGACAGAAAAAGUUGUGGUGGGACCUACUUAAAUGCUUUCUUAGGUUAUUAAUUAAAGGUUUUUUCUGUCACCGCCUGUUUUUAAUCUGCAUUAAUGCAUUCAGUGUAAAGCUGCACAAUUAAACAUUAAAAGAUCGUGAUCUCAAUUCAAACCUGCGUAACAUGAAUGAUUAUUGAUAAUCAUUUGCAUAUUUAUUAAUCCUUCUAAAUGCUGCAUUCUAAUCUGCGUUUAAUUGAGAGAGAUUCAGUUUUUACACUUUUUCAUGUCUUUACAAGGUUGAAUAGUACAGAAGAACUGGGAGAUCAGUUUCUAGUUCAGAAAUAAACACUGAUGUUUAUGGUUAAGACUAAAAUCAUUUUAUACUUUGAAACCGUGUAAAGGAAUUUGACGCUGAUGAAAGUAAUUACAUUGUGUAACCAAAAAACAACCUUCAAAAUCAUGUCACUGAAUAGGUUUUUAAAAACGAAACACCUAUAGUAUAAUGAAACCUUAAGUUUUAUGUGUGAAUUGUUGAAUCAUUAUUUGAUAAUAAAUAUGAUAUGUUGUACGCAAUAAUAGAUUUUUAUAUUUAGCACUAUCAGAACAGUAGCAAAGAUCAUAUUUCGUAUUAAAUACUUUUACUUUUUUCAGCUUCUGUUUUCUGUUUCUCUCUUGAAUUAGAUUUUUAUUCAAAUUAACAAUAACCAAUGGUUUUUGCAGUAAUAUUUUUGGAUAAAUGAAAAGCAAUUGACAUUUGUCUCCUCCCAUUUUUGCUGAUCCGAUAAAAGGUCCAAUCCGUGACUCAAAAACCGUAGUGUGAUCUGAACCGUGAGAUUUGUGACCUGUUACACCACUAUUACUAAUAUUUUAUACACCAAUUUUUUGAAGUAUUAAAAUCUACACAGGUAAAAAAAAAAAAAAAAAAAGCAAGUCAUCGCCAUAGAAUUUUAAGGUACUAUCGACAUUUUUAUCUAAAUUGUUGAAUGUACAUCACUGAUGAAACAAAAACCCUGGAAAAACGACACAAAAUAAUGUCAACAAAAAACUACAUAAAAGUGUAAUUUCCUUGAACGUCAAUUUUUGGUUAUUCACCAUAUAUAUUAAGGAAACUUAAUAGGGUAUCAGAAAACUUAGCCAGGUAACAGAUUUUAAAAUUGUCGCAAUUUUACAUUUUUUUUACUAUUAAAAAGAUUUUUACAGUGCAUCAAAAACCAAUUUGUUUUUGUUGUGUAUUUUUGUCCAUUCUUUAAAAUGACAGUGUAAUUUUUAAGUUUAUUUUGGAGCCGACCAAAAGACUACAAGUGUGAACACACCCUUAAAGGCAGGAUAUCUACAUAGAAUGUCAUAAUAUAGUUUGCUCUGGUUGUAAGAUAUUCAUCAUUUUAAUACAACUUGCUACAGUAUAAUAGGCUUCAUUAUGACUUUACUCUUAUAUAUAGUUCAGUGACCAGACAGCAUAUCUAGUACAUGUCAAAAUAUCUCUAUAGCCGAGCCCGUGCUGGGUUUUUGAAAUGAACACAUGCUUAUUUACUAUGCAUCAGGUUAUUGCUGUGAAUCCAUCGAUUCUUUUGUAAGCUUUCUGUGAAAUGAAGAAGUGGUCUUACAGAAAUUUCAAAUCUGAACAAACGACUAGUGCUAAAACUGACUAUCAUUUCUUUUGCAGCUGUGUAGGGGAGAGAAAUCAGCCUCUGAGCAGUGCAGCCUUAAUCAAAAGUUCAAUUCAUCAAAUUGUCCCCUGUAAAUAGUCCAUUAGUUGCUGUAUAAGCUGCGUGAAUCAUGCCUAAGAAUCAUGUCAAUGUGUUGCACUCACACAGCUGUCCGAAGCAGGAUGCAAAUAGAGGCUUGACAUGCCAUGUGGUGUUACGAACCAUCAUGAAAACUUGCAGUGCAUUAAAGCUAAAAGAAAUAAUAUAUCUAUAUAUAUGCCGGCAGCUAAUUUGCCUCAGCCAGUUGUACUGGACCUUUUGUAGGAUGUGUGUCCAUUUGCGCUGGUUACGCUAAACACCUGCGAACGAACAUUGCCAAAAAUGUUGACCUUUUGUUAGUGCUUUAAGCACCGAAAGCUAUGUUUUAAAACAAAGGAAAUGUACACCGUAGCAGUUUUCUGAAACAUGAUUAUAAACAUGGCUUUGGUAACAAGGCCUGGCAGCUCCAAUUUGCUCGGCUUCUGUGCUUUUAAAAUGCCAGAUAUAUAUUUUCUCCACCAGCUGAUAAGUGGUGCCUUGUGAAGUUACGUGUAUUUUUUUAUGUUCCUGCUUCUAAACGACAAUACUACCAAGGUCACCGAGAGAAUGUCGCCCGCUCAGAUGUACUGUAGGAUGGUAUUUUUUUGUCUGUAUCGCUUUUAAUGAAGUUAUAAUACAAGUGAAGUGUUAAUCGACAGUAAUAUUCCUGAUGAGGACACAACGGAAGCUCUUAUCGCCGCUCUUUACAUCGGAAUCCAUACACACAUGCGGUGUAAUGACCAUUUGAUUUCUGCAUGCUGAUUUUGAUUGUGUGCAUACAACAUUUUGAAGAAAAUGAGAAGUAUUUCGAUUUGAAUAAGAUCUUAUACAUUGUUUGAUAUGUUUUUUGUAAUGGAUUUUAAAUUCAUAAAGCAUUUUGUACAUUGUAAGGAUAUUAAAAACAGCAAAUAAUGGACGUAUAUAAAAAAGAAUAAAUACUGAUAUACACAAACAUAUGCAUUGUACAUAGAAUGUACGUAUACACGUUUAUGUUUUGUGUACACGUUUAUAAAUACAAGUACUACGCUGUACAUAUGUACAUACAUGUAAGCUUGCAUGUGUUUGGUCAUGUUUGCCGUUCAUGAUCUUGUAGUUUUAUUUUUUUAUUUCUUCUUUUUCUUACUGUAAAGCUCAUUUUUUUGUGCAGCCAUCUCCGGUGAGCAGUAUUGAGCACUUCAAAUACAGUCGAUCUUGUUCAUGUCAUUCAUUGUGCAAAAAAUAAUAAAAUGAAUUUAUCGAGAACUCA